AUGAGACUGCUAUUUUGUGCCCUUUUCGCGCUAUUUGGUCUGGCUACGGCUGGAUUGUAUAGCCAAUUCCAAUCGGCUUGCACGAGCGAGCUGAUCGCCGCGCCGACGUAUAAGCGGAAGUUUGUGACGGCUGCGUUCAACAACUAUCUGGGCUGUAUUCAAGAUGCCGAACAGGAUGAAGAAGCGUGUAAAUUUUGCGUGAAAAAGUACCAGCUGACCGAGGAUUACGUUACUGAGGUGGUCCCGUGUGGAAAGGGCUUCCUAGAGAAGGUUAGCACCGUAGAGGAAUGUAUGAAAGCAUUACCUAUCUUA